AGCUGUUUCAGUGCCCACAGAAGAGUCACAAGGUAAAAGGAAAGCUGGGUAUAGGAGCGCACAGACCCCCGCAGAUUGUUUUUUAAAAGGCGACAGUGGGAAUUCCCAUUAAAUCCAAUUGACCGGGAAAACAGUCUUGAUUUGACUCUUCAUUUCAUCGUGACUGAACUGGGCUAGAGACAAGGUACCUCAAGGGCUAGAUGCUUCAAGGGCUGACCUGGUCAUCCGAAAACUGGGGCUCCUCCACUUCCCCUCAGCAAUUUCCAGGCCCUGAAGAGCACAGAAAGCCGAAGAUGCCAGGCUCUUUCUUGAAAUCUUGGUUCCUGAGAACCUGCUUAUUUCCCUCACUGUUAACAGUUCCCAAGCUCUCUAAGAAACAGAAUCUCUGCUGAGGAUCUCUGGAAAGAGUGGCUACGGCGGCCUCUGCCGCCACUGCAUUACCGCUGCUCUUCUUGGCCCUUCGGAUCCCCACUACCCGCCGCCAUGGAGAAUGGCAGCAAGUUGGACAGCCCCACCAACAUCUCCCUGCUGGGCAGCGUUGCUGUCCCAGGCAUGAUCGAAUACAAGACCGUCUCCGUCUUCCUGGUGCUGCUGAUCUGCGGGUUGGGCAUCGUGGGCAACAUGAUGGUGGUGCUGGUGGUGCUGACCACCCGAGACAUGCGGACCCCCACCAACUGCUACCUGGUCAGCCUGGCCCUGGCUGAUCUCAUGGUGCUGGUGGCCGCUGGGCUGCCCAAUGUGUCCAACAGCCUGGCGGGGCGCUGGAUCUACGGGCGUGCCGGUUGCCUGGGCAUCACCUAUUUUCAAUACCUGGGGAUCAACGUCUCUUCCUGUUCCAUCACCGCAUUCACUGUAGAGAGGUACAUUGCUAUCUGCCACCCCAUGAGAGCUCAGACCGUCUGCACCGUUUCCCGGGCCAAGCGCAUCAUCUCCGGCAUCUGGCUGGUCACAUCUGCCUACUGCAUGCUCUGGUUCUUCCUGGUCGACAUCAACAUCAGUAAGAACCAAAGCCUGGAGUGUGGCUACAAGGUCUCCCGCAACCUCUACCUCCCCAUCUACCUGCUGGACUUCGCCAUCUUCUUUGUCACCCCACUGCUGGUGGCCACCAUCCUCUAUGGGCUGAUCGGGAGAAUCCUUUUCCUGACUUCUCUCUCCUCCCUGCCCAACCACUCCUCCAACUGCUGGUGGGAAAAAAGUACUAAGGAGAGGAACCCAGGGGGAAAGGCUGAGGGAGCCAAGAUGAGCAGCAGCUCCAGAGCCAAGGGGGUCCUCUCUUCCAGGAAACAGGUCACCAAGAUGCUGGUGGUGGUGGUGGUCCUCUUUGCUCUCCUGUGGACACCCUACCGAACCCUGGUGUUGGUCAACUCCUUCGUGGACCACCCCUACCUGGACCCCUGGUUCAUCCUGUUCUGCCGCAUUUGCAUCUAUACCAAUAGCGCCAUCAACCCCAUCAUCUACAAUCUCAUGUCCCAGAAGUUCCGGGCGGCCUUCCGGAGGCUAUGCAAGUGCCAGAAGGAAGGGCUGCAGCGGCGGAACAUGUACCUGACCACCAACAGCUACAGCAUGGUCCGGGAGUCUCUCCAGGCCAAGUCCCAGGCCCAGAGAAGACGGCGAGGCCAGCCUCAGGGCAACGUGGAGCAGGAGAGCAGCGCAGAUGACCCCCAAGUGGGUGGCCAGGAAGAUGGCCGGGAAGAGCCAUACUUCAGCAUGGUAUAAAGUCUCUCUCUCUCCUCCUCCCCUGCCUCAGCCCCCUCGCUGACCGGCUCCCUUCCUGCCACUCUACAAGAGGGCUCGGUCAGGUGUCUCUGCUUAGCUGGGGAAAAGGUUGGAGUGCCAGAACAGGGAGGAGCUGUCCUGUCUCUUCUGGAAGGAAACUGGGGAGUCCCGGCCUCUGGUUGGGCUGGUCCUAGACACCUGUGGGCCCUGGUUCUAGAAUAGCAGGGCUGGGAGGCCUGGGAUGGAGGAACCAGAGUCAGUUCGGGAUCUGAUGGGGCUUUAGGUGGCAAGGAGAAAGUAGAGGGUAAAUACCUUUGAUUGACUGGGGUGACCAGGGUCCAGGGGACAAGAUCUGUAUUCAUUUCUGCAGGGCCAGAGGCUCUCAGGAGCCCCGAUUCCUGCAUCCAAUUCCCCCUCCCUGAGGCUCAGGAUAGCAGGGAAACACAGGACCUAGGGAAUUGAGAGACGGUUCCUCAGUAAUCUUUUCCUCUUCGUCCCUCAACAUCUAUCCACAAGGGAAAACUGCCCGUAAGGUAUGAUCAGUAAAUAUUUGUACAAUAUUUGUAUUUGUGUUCUGGGUCACGCCACCCAGAGGGAGUAUUGCAUCCAGCACUGGGUGCAAUUAAAGACUUUGGACCCCAAUACUAACUGGUUCCUGGCACAAUCUGCCUUUCUGAGAAGAAGGUCAAGAGCUUCUCUGGACAAUGACUUUUACAAAAGACCUUUUGGGAGAGUUAUCUGUGACUAAAACAAACAGCGGGAACAAAUGGAAUUAGCCACAGGGCCCCAAACUCAGUUUUUACAAGUGGCAUUUGAGCUUUUGUCUUAAAUGAAGCAAUAUUUUGGUCUCAAAGGGUUUUGAACAAUCAAAGAUACUCCGGAAACUCUGGGGCCUCCCACAGAAGCUUGGGUCCCUUCCCUGGAGGAUGAUUUCUCUGGGCAGAGUUCUGGGUCAGGUCCAUAAUGCUCAGCUCCUGGACCCAGAAGAACAUCACCGAAGCUAGAACCUGGGACCAGAGGCAGAGAGAGACCUCUGCAGGGCCAAGACCAGGGUGGAAACUUCAGGGCUCUGUAUUCCAGUCAACCAUACAUGUUGCAUGAGCUUGCAUGCCUCACUGUUGGAGUGGCUCGGUGCUAACUGGACUGAGAAGACAGUGGGAGUUCUUUUGGGUCACUGUCAGUAUUGUAGUGUUGCAGUGUAGAACUGCUUGGGCCCAGGCAUGAGUGCAGCUCCUCCCUGCCUGCUGUCAAAACCCUGCUCCUUCUCCUCCACCCCUGCCCUCAACUAAAGUUAUCUUGUGCCAGGGAAGAAUUGGGAGCAGUGAGGACUUGGAACCAAUAUAGCAGGCCUAGUGAGAGAGCUCCCUUUCACCAGCAAUCUUAGCCUUUCCAGCUGGCUUAUUGCCCUCUUAUUCCCAGACUACUGGCUGGCACUAGAGUUGGUCUGCAGAUGAGGGGUGAAGGGAAAAGCCAUCAGGACGGAAAGGAGAAGGUUAGCAACAGAGGGGUCCUGGGAGCAGAGCUGUGUUGUGCCCCAACCGGGGGAUUUGGUUAAGGGGACUAUCCUUUCCUCGUCUCCCACUCCCUUCUGUGUUGUUCUGACUUGCUCCCUUUAUUCGUCCCCCCUCCCAGCCCCG